AUGUUGUUAGUACAAAAAGCAGUGUCAAAAUCAUUUGGUGGAGGUGAAAGUGGUGGUGGUGGUGAUAAAGGUGGAGGUGGCGGUUGUGGUAGUGGGGAUGGCGGUUGUGGAGGUGGAGGUGGAGGGGUGGUGAUGGUGGUUAUGGUAGAGGUGGUGGAGGUGGUGGCGGCAGUGGUGGUGGUGGUGGAGGUCAAGGAGGAGGUGGUGGCGUUGGAUGUGGAGGUGGAGCAACCCAGGAUAUGCUUUUAA